GAUUUUAAAGAUUUAUUACAUAAAUAAGGAUUUUUUUAAAUAGAUUACAAUUUUGUUACUUUUUAGUUAAUUAUGGCUUUUUCAAAAGUGAAAUGGGUUGAACCACAUGCAAAUGGAUCAAGUAAAAUUCAGUAUGGCACUGUGCCAACCAACUGGAUUGAAAAAGAAGAAGGGCAAGAGUUUAUUUGUUGGCCUUGCAAUGCAAAACAUGUAGAGCCACACAUAAAGCGUUGCCAAAAUCCUGCAGCUAAUUGGGUUUUUUUUGUUUUAAUGCAACAUUUCGGAAGUGCAGACAGUUACAUCGGUUGUGAUUCAAUUAAAACAUGCUCUGAAUCUGAAUCAGACCACAAUUCACAAUUGGGGAAAAGGAAAUACAACCAAGUAGAUUCAUAUGCCUGUCAAAAGCAAUCAGAAAAAAGAUUAGCUAAUGCAACAAAAUCAAAAGCAAAAAAAUCAAGUUAUAUAGAAACAAGUGACGAUGAAGUCUGUUUUUCCAGUACACCAUUUCUAAAAUUAGACGAUACUGGUUCUUCUUGUGUAUAUUCAUACAAUAAUUCUGCGACAAUUAUUUCCAGUGAAGGGUUAACUUGUGAAAAAAUGAUUAAUAAAGAAAUUUGUGAGAGCUUGGCAAACAGAUAAAGACAUUAUUUCGGAUCAAACCUUUAAACGAACAAUGUUAGCAGCAAUUGCACGUCUAGAAAAAAAACUUCAAUGACUUUAAAGCCUCAUUUGAGCAGAAUGAUUUAAAAACUUUAGUCGAACCUUUACAUUUAUCAAAACUACGAUUUGAUGAAAUCUUGGAUCUGGAAGUUAAUCUUUAAGCUGAUAGUAAAAGAAAGGAUUCUGCAGUAGAAUCAUUAUGUAAUGUGGGUGGAAAAUCUACAAUAGAUAUAACAUACAAUGAAAUGAAAAAAGUGAUGAGUGACGAGGCUUCCAGCCACUUCAAUAUAAAAGGCAGUUCUUAGAAAAUCUCAUUUUGUGGAAAGUGCCCAAUAUUGUUUUCUGCUAUAAAUGAUGCCAUCAAAUUACAAGAUGAAUCAGCUAAAGAUAGCGACAUAACAACCGCAAUAGGAAAGUGGCUACGUAUGCAUGGCACACUGUUUAAACGUCAAACGACAGAAUAACAAUAAAAUAACAAAUAACAUCGUUUUGACUGAAAAAAAGAAAAUAUUUUACUUGUUAA